CACAGUGUGUCACGUGACUGAAGCAGGCCAGGCUUUAGGCUUCAGUGCUCCAGCUGUUAGUGCUUUCAAAGCAGGACAUUAUGUCAAAUAAAGAAGUGAAAGCUGCCCUGAAGAAUGCCAGAGAUGCAAUCAGAAAUAAAGACUACAAAGAGGCCCUCAAGCAAUGCAAGGCUGUGCUAAAGCUGGAGAAAGAUAAUUAUAAUGCCUGGGUGUUCAUUGGCCUGGCAGCGUCUGAACUGAAUCAGCCUGAUCAAGCCCAAGCUGCUUACCAAAAAGCUGCAGAGCUUGAGCCAGACCAGUUGCUGGCAUGGCAGGGCUUAGGAAAUUUGUAUGAAAAGGUCAAUCAGAAGGAUUUCAAGGAAAAUUUGCCGAAUGUAUAUCAAAAACUUUUGGAACUCUACAAGAGUUCUGACAAACAGAAGUGGUGUGAAGUCGGCAAUAAGCUGAUCGAUUUAUAUCACCAAGAAAAGAAGCAAUUGCAGGCUGCUCAAACAUUGCACCAGUUAAUCAAGGUAAAGAAAGAUGAAGGUGUAAAAGCCAAUGAACUUUAUCAGCACUGGAAAAAGAUGACCCAACUUUUGGAAGAUGAUGUAGAGCACCAGGACAAUGAGACCCAACAAUUGCUCAUAACUGCAUUUGACAACACCAUUGCUUGUGUGGAACAAGUACCCGGGGAAGAGCACCAGAAGCUUUGCCAACACUUCAUCGUCUGCUUGUCUAAGCUUCCUCAUGAAGAUGCAAAGCUAAAGGAGGUAUGUGAAAACAUGAUCAGUGUUUACCCUUCCCUGUCUCAUCCGUUAGAAGUUCUGAGUUUGCACUACAUUAAAUCUGGUGGCAUUAGUGAAGAGGCAUUUAAUUGUUACAAUAAGCUUUUUGAGUUGGAUCCCUUGAAUGGUCCUGGCCUUAUUGGCAUGGGUAUCAAAGCACUGCAUGACAAAAAGUAUGAAGCGGCCUCAAAAAACUUAGUUCAAGGUCUGCAGCAGGUAGUGUCUUGUCCUUCUGCAUGGUGCUAUCUGGCUCAGGCUCAGCUGAAGAUACACAGGCACAUGGAGGCUGUUAUAUCUUGUGAUCAAGCAAUUAAAGCUUUUAUGAAGCAACAAAACGGAUCCCAUCUACAAAUGAAUACAGCUCUCCGUCUAAAGGCAGAAGCUUUAAUGGAAGGCACUGGCUCCAUCUGCGCUGAAGAGGCAUUAAAGACUGUUGAGCAGAUUUCCAAUGCAGAUAAUGACCCUGAUCUCAGUGUCAUUAAAUGCCAAGCUUACCUAAAGAAAGGUUCUGUGGACUGCGCUGCAAAGAUUUUAAUGGAACUAAGAAAAAUGAAUCCCAUGUUGGCAGAAACCAAUUUUCUUGAGGGCCAACUCCAUUAUAUUGAGAAGAAUUAUGGUGAGGCAGAAAAAAGUUUUCAGAGUGCUAUUGAAAAGAAACCUGAAAAUGCUAAAUUUUACUUUUAUCUUGGACUGACGUACUGGUUUAUGAGUGAGGAGACAAGGAGAGAUAAAGCAAAGGCCAUUACUCAGUUUUUAAAGGCUGCUAAAUUUGACCCAUAUCUUUCUGCUGCAUUUUGUUAUCUGGGCCAUUAUUAUAGAGAUGUAGCUGGUGAUAAAAGCCGGGCUCGUGGCUGCUAUAAAAAGGCAUUUGAACUUGAUGAAAAUAAUGGAGAAGCUGGGGCUGCAGCGGUGGAUCUUAGCAUGGAUAUGGACGAUAUGGACACCGCUUUAUCCAUUUUAUCGAGUGUAACAGAAAGAGCAAAUGCAGGGAGUGCAAAAUGGGCCUGGCUUCGAAGAGGCCUCUUUUAUUUGAGAGCUGGUCAGCAUCCCAAAGCAGUAGCCGACUUUCACGCUGCACUGAGAGCAGAUCCCAAGGACUCAAACUGUUGGGAAUGUUUAGGGGAAGCAUAUCUGAGCAGAGGUGGUUACACAACGGCAUUGAAGUCCUUUACAAAAGCCAGCGAGCUAAACCCAGCAUCUGUGUACAGCAUAUAUAAGAUGGCAUCAAUCAAGCAGGUCUUGGGGACAUAUAAAGAGGCUGUAACUGAAUAUCAGCAAAUCAUAAAGAAGGCUGGGGAAUAUGUGCCAGCAUUGAAAGGUUUAGGGGAAUGUCAUCUCAUGCUGGCAAAAAUAGCUCUUGCAGACUUUUUGGAUGCAAAGGCUGUAGACGAGAUAGAAAAGUCUUUAGACUUUCUCACCAGGGCUAUUCAGCGCCGCCCAGACCUGGUGUGCCUAUGGAAGCUGCUGGGUGAUGCUUGCACAUGUUUACAUGCAGUCUCACCCUCCAAAAUCAAAGUGGAUGUUCUGGGUGUUAUAGUUGGUCAGAAUGAGGGCAGACAACUAUUAAAUAAAUCUGAACUAGUGAAGCUAGGAGGAAGAUGUUAUGGUCGUUGCUUGAAGCUUCAGUCUGCAUCUAAUCUUUGGUGUGAUCUUGGCAUAAAUUAUUACUACCAGGCGCAAAACUUGCUAAAUUCUGACAGUAGAAAUAAUGAAAUUAGUGAUUUACUGGAAAAGUCUCUACAGUGCAUUAAAAAGGCUGUAAUGAUGGACAGUGGAAAUUAUCUGUACUGGAAUGCACUUGGUGUGGUUUCUUGCUCUAAAGAAAUCAAUAAUAACGCUCUAGCCGUGCAUGCUUUCAUCAAGUCAAUCCAGUGCGAACAAAAUAAUGUGGUUGCAUGGACAAAUUUAGGGGCUUUAUAUUUGGUAAACAAUAAUAUGGAGCUAAGCCAUCAAGCUUUCAAUGUAGCACAAUCGCUUGACCCUUCGUAUGUGAGAUGCUGGAUUGGGCAGGCUUUGAUAGCUGAAACAGUUGGUAGCUAUGAAACUAUGGAUCUCUUCAGACAUACAACUGAACUUAGUAUGCAUAUAGAGGGUGGAAAAGGAUAUGCUCACUGGGUCUGCACAACUCUUCAAGAUAAAAGUAACAGAUCUACUGAGCUGUACCGUUACAACAUUAUGCAGAUGAAUGCUAUCCCUGCAGCCCACAUUGCUUUAACCAAAUACACAGAGCGGGUUCAGAGUGACUCAGCUGCAUUUUUGAUGCUGGGCUAUUUAAACGAACAUCUCAAACUAAAAAUCCAGGCCAGCAAUGCUUAUCACAGAGCUGUGAUGAUUCUGCAAGAUUCUGAUGACAAAGAAAACUAUAACGUUGCACUGCGACAUUAUGGACGUUCACUCUGUUCUUUAGGUCAGUAUGAUGAGGCCAUCAAAGCGUAUGCAUCUACCCCUUUGACCGAGUUUGAUGACCUCACUGGAGUAGCCCUGACAUACUUUAAAAAAGGGCUUUUUCAAGAAAGCAUGAAAGGUCUUUUUCUGUGUCAUUUGCUGGUGACUCCUCCUCUCCAAUGCCUCUGUCUGCUGGAGUACCUCAAGGAUCUAAUCUGGGUCCUCUACUCUUCACUGGUUUACAAGAAGGCCUUGUCAAUAGCUAAGACGGAGCAGGAAAAAGCCCAGAUACUAACAGCACUUGCAAUCAUUGAAUACAGACAAGGUGAAGUGGAGUCAGCUAAGACUCUCCUGUUUAAAUGCUCUGUUUUGAAGGACUCGAGUAUUGAAAGUCUACAAGCUCUCUGUGCCCUAGGAUUAUCAAAGCGUGAUGUCACCCUGGCAACUGCUGCGCUUAAUGAGCUACUAAAGCAUCUCAAGAUUAACGAUAAUAUCUUUGAAAGGUGCCUUAUUACGUCAGCCAUAUUUGCAUUACAAGGCCGAAAUGUUGCAGUGCAAAGACAAGCGUGCAAAGCUGUACACAGUCACCCAGGAAACCCAGAGUUGUGGUCAUUCUUAUCAAGGGUAGUCCCUCAAUAUUCUCCAAGAAAUGCAAAGGGAGGAGCAGUUGCUGGCGCGGUUGCUGAAACUCUUGGUUUAAAUAAAGCAAAGGGAUCACUGUUAUACGCCGGAGUGAAUGAAUUGGCAGCAGGAAUUCUGUCCACUGAAAAUAAGAGAAAAUAUCCGUUAAACACUUUGCAACGAGCUGCUCAUUUAUUUCCAGAUAACCCUGCAGUGUGGGCUGGGAUUAUGGCCGCCAUCCAUGUUGAAUACACAGGCUCCUACCUCAAGAAUAAUAAUACUAAGGGUUCUGAUCUUGAUACAAGAUUUGUAGCAUCUGUCAAAUCUAAGAUUGAAAGAAUGAAGAAUAUUCCAGUGAGUUUUGCUCAGGCCCUGGAGAGUUGGUCUCUGUGUCAGUCAAUUUCUUCUUUAAAUGACCAAGGCAGGAUAGCAGAAGCAGAAGCAGUCUGCAGCAAGAGUAUACAGAGCUGCCCAGAUCAGCCUUCUUUAAUUUUACUGCUGAGACAAGUUCAGUACAAGCAGCUAUUGCAGUCCAAAGCGCAGCUGUCUGAACCUAUUCUAGAGGAACUGAAGAAAACUAUAAUGUCUUAUUCCACGUCACACACAGGAUGGCAUUGGUUAGCUGAAGUGUUCCAGUCCCGGGGAAUGAUGAUAGAUGCAGAGAUGUGCUACAGAAAGAGUCUGCAGUUGGCAUCACAGCAAGGAAACUGGAACGGGAAACUCUCGAGCUUGCUGCGUCUGGCUCUUCUUGCACUUAACGCUUGCAUGGCAAAAGAUACAGACAGUCGCUGGCCGGCACUUCUCCAAGAGGCCACAAGUGAAGUCUCGAAAAUAACACCAUGUCCUCUCGCUAUUUUGCUCCAAGGGAUUCUACAGUUCAGCACCAAAGGGUCACGGAAAACCCGUCAGCUACUGGAGAAAGUGGUUUAUCAAACCAACUGCAGUGACACAGUUGCUUCCGUUGCCCGCUGGUAUCUCCUGAGGCACUUACAUGCCAAAAAUGAUGAUGAAUUAAUUGAUGUACUUCUCGCAAAUGCAAGAAAAAAUGAAGAUAUUAGAGUUCUUAACCUACACAGUCGCUUGUCUGAAGCCUAAUAGCCUUCUACGUUCUCAUGACAUUAAAAUGCUUCCCCAAUUUUUUUAAUAGCAUCCUGCUCUCAUGUAUUUACCUAGCAGUAACUUGUGCAUAGUUACAUGUAGCUUUUUAAAUACAGCACUGCUUUGAGACCCUGUGAAUCUAUUUGCUUUAUGUUUCAGCAAUAAUCCACUGUUUCUUUCUAGGAUACAUACAUAUUUGUCCCAGUCCCGUAACCAGUAAUGCCCCACAAAGAAAGAGAUUUUUGUAUUUUGUAUCAUAUAUAAAAAAAUAAAGUUUUUUUUAUAUAAAGAUACAACUCUACAGAUUUGUUUCUCUCAGUAAAUAUCAGUUCAGUUCUCAUAGUUGGCUGCCAAAUGAGCACAACAGAUAUAGUAAUUUAUAUUAUUUCUGCCUGAAUGCACAGUGUAGUACCUGGCACUGAACACUUGGAAAUACACAACUCUGAUAAAAAACAAACAAUAAAACAUUGGAAAAUGUUUCGAAAAUCAGAUCUAUGUUAGCAGAUUUGUAGGCCAAUGUUAGUAUGGUACUGUUUUCCAAGAAUGAGUAAUGUUAGCUUUGCAUCUAAUUAUCAUUUUGUAAAAAUAACUUUGUUUUAUGGUUAUAGGAUGUAAUGUUAAUGAAUUGAAAUUGAAUUUCUCCUCAACAACAAAAAUAUAAAUUGCAAACUUAAGCAAUUACAA